AGGAGCUUGCUUACAUGGACGUAAUCACAUAUAUGUACUAUAUAUACAGUACCGGCAAGUACGUUGAGUACGGUGAAUUUGAAAUCAAUGGUAUUUCGUUCCACACAUUCUGUCGAAAGAAGGUGAACAUUUUGUCCUGCAAACAUGGAUUUAUUACCAGAGGCAGAUUCAAUGUUUUGGAAGAACGGAAGGUUGAAAACAUUCGAACAGUGGCCUUUCCAAUCAUCCGAUAAUUCAUGCAAUCCUAACCAAAUGGCUGCUGCUGGAUUUCAUGUUAUCGGCGGCAAAGAAGAACCAGACCUGGUACAAUGUUUCAUCUGCAGUAAACAACUUGAUGGUUGGGAUCCCGAUGAUGAUCCAUGGGACGAACACGUAAAACACCAGCCCCAAUGUCAGUUUGUGAAAUUAAACAAACCCGACGAGAGGUCGUGGACUAUACAAGAGCUGUUCGAUUUGUUUAAAAUAUACAAAGUAACCGAAUGCAUGUCCAUAUUGGAGGAAGCUAUAGAUAUAGUAAAGGAAAAAACUGCGCUAAUGGUAAAACAAAUACCUCGAAUUUACAAGGAGUCGAGACAAAGUUACAAAAAUCAAAAUUAACAUUUAAAAUUAAACAUAUUGUCUUCGAGCGAUUCCGUGCCUUAUACACGCGACCAUUAGUUUCUUUGCUUUUGAGUCAAAUUUAAUGGUAUGGUAAUUAUUUUAAUCGCGCUAAGCCUCAUGAAAAGUGAGUGAUCGUAUUUUUUGAUUAUACAAUCUAAGAUUAGCCGUGGGACGAAAUAAAUGACGAAAAAAGUACA